CCUAAGGCCCGGAAUUUCAGUUUCGCGAGAAAACUCUAUUUAUAGGCACUCAAAGCGCAGCCCACUCCGCGGCACUCUCCUCUUUCCUUAACUCUCUUUUCCAACUUUCCCAUUAACCAUUUCACAUCUGGGAACAGCAGAAAGGAGAGAAGCAAUGGCGAUGCCCAAGUUUGUCCCUGUCCUUCUCCUUGUCCUCAUCGCCAUUUCCAUGGUCCAAGAACUGGCCAUGGCUUCCCACGGGCAUGGCGGUCAUCACUACGACAAGAGGCGUUAUGGACCUGGGAGUCUCAAGAGCAACCAGUGCCUGCCGCAGUGCUCGAGGAGGUGCAGCAGGACACAGUACCACAAGCCGUGCAUGUUCUUCUGUCAAAAGUGCUGCCAGAAGUGCCUUUGUGUCCCGCCGGGCUACUACGGCAACAAGGCCGUCUGCCCUUGCUACAACAACUGGAAGACCAAGGAAGGCGGCCCCAAGUGCCCCUAAAUUCGAUUGAUCGAGUAGUCUCUUCCUCGAUCUAGUGUUAUUUAACUAAUUAUCAGCCACCGGAUCACGUCCGAACUAUAUACACCAACUGCACUUGGAUAAUGAAGCCCACUAACCUAUACCACCAUAUCUUUAUAGCUAGUUACCAUUUCAUCAUAUAUCACCCGCACUCGGUGAUCCUGAGAGUUGAGACUUUAAGUUUGCCGGUUGUUUGCAGCAUCCAUGUACUGUGUCACUCCGUCGCGGCUUCUUCUUCCCCGAGUGAGAGUGGCUAGUUAGUAAUCUUCCACUGCAGUAUUUUGAUUGUGUCAUUAUAAACUGAUGGCGCAAGACUGUCCUCCGUGUUUCGGGAUAUUGAAAUGCUUAUUCAUAUAUUAUAUAUACAUAUGUGCUUUAAUUUGCUCGAUGCUAUA